AUGCAAACCAUCGUGACCUGCGGCAAUUCAGCCCAGCAGAUGGAGUCUACUGGCAAAGCCCUGAAGGAAGCUCUUGUCUCUGCUCAAAGCGAAGAGCGUCUGACCAUUGGAGUCUAUGAGAGUGCCAUGAUCAUGAAUGAUGAUCCGGACAGCGUGUCCUUCUGCGUGCUGGCCGUGGACGAGGACUUUGAGUGCGACAUCGCUCUGCAGAUCCACUUCACCCUCAUCCAGUCCUUCUGCUUCGACAACGAGAUAAGCAUCGUGCGCGUGAGCAACAUGCAGCGCCUGGCCCAGAUCGUGGGCGACGAGGCCGGACAGUUCAAAGACGCCCACUGCCUCCUCAUCACGAACCCCACCGACGGCUCAUGGGAGGACCCGUCUCUGGAGAAGCUGCACCUGUUCUGCCAGGAGAGCCGCGGGCAGAACGACUGGCUGCCGGAGGUCGCCCUCUUCGAGCGCUGAUCCGGCUCGCUGCCGGGGAACGCCUUCAUUAAAACGGGAAUACUCAUCCUUAUGAACAGGAUGAACACGUUUCUACCCACCCACGACCGGAUACUCCUGAGGAGAAACCCGUCAAGGUAUAGCGCGGCGCCGGGCCCCCCCCCGAGGGCCCAUAAGUCCCGUGCCCGUCGUCUCUCGUCCCGUCCAUGCCAAGAUGACUCUCAUUCUUUAUGUGAAUGAGGUCCGGCAUGCCUCGAGAGCGACACAACGACCCUCAUUCUUUGUGCGGAUGAGGUUUGGAGAGAAAGGAGAAGCGAGUCGUGCAUUCUGCGGUUCCACGCGGAUCGCGACGUCGCGAGUUGAAGCAGCCGCAGCAUAGGAGAAGAAGCGGUGCUGAGAAGGAGACGUCGAUAGGAAAAGACUUUCUAAAGACGCUCUCUUGCCGAAUGGCCGAAUGUUUCCCACUUUCCAGAAUUGUCUUAAUUCUCUAAAGGUUUCACUUUAGAAUGAUGACAACAGAAGUUAUGACCAAUGUGUUGAACCACUCUUUUUGGUGUGACCUAAAGGUUUCACUUUAGGAUUGUCACACUGUCAAAAGAUUGCAAGAUAUAUUAUGUAAAACGAAAAAAAAAAAAAGAAAAUAAGAA